CAAAAAAUUGUUCAGUAAAACACUGCUAUUUAUUUCAUUUUCACUUCCGGCCUUUGUGGGAACUUUUAUAGCAACACGUUGCCCUUCCAGUCCUGUAGGCUGAAGGAAGGCUCCAGAAUUGCAGUCACAGCGUUCAGGUGCGAGGGACCUCCCUCCGGCUUUUCAUUGGUUACCGCCAGCCGUGCCCCUGGUAACCCUGGUAACAGUACCCACCCUCGCAUUGCCGAGCUGGGAUUGGUCCGUGGCUCCAAAAAAAAAUCCGAAAACGAACUCCUCAGACCAUUGGCUUGAGUCGCUGCAACUUGGCGCCGUGGUUGGUCAGUUUACAGGUGCGUCUUUGAAACAAGAUCUAGAAGCCAUGGCCCAGCCUCUACCCUUGACUUCCGUGGAACUUGGGAGGCUCAAAGCCUAGACAACAGUCCUGCAGAGAAAGUAUUUUGACCUGGGCAUUUAGAUAGUUCCUGUCUCCCCCAUGGCCCUAGCAAUGCUGAAUGGGCAUCUGCUUAAAGACUCAAGUCUACCUGUGCUGCUGCACCAGGUUAGCAAGACUCCCCAACUAGAAACUUUCAACUACCAGAACUGCGUUAUGCAAGAUCUGUUUGCCCAUUUCCCUGAGAUCUUAUUUAUGCACCGCACCUAUAACCCAAGGGGCAAAGUGUUAUAUACCUUCCUGGUAGAUGGACCUCGAGUACAGCUAGAGGGUCCUCUUGCCCGGGCAGUCUAUUUUGCCAUUCCUGCCAAAGAAGAUGCUGAAGGCCUCGCCCAGAUGUUCCAGGUGUUUAAGAAGUUUAACCCAGCAUGGGAAAGAGUCUGUACCAUCCUGGUGGAUCCCCACUUCCUCCCACUGCCCACUGUAGCCAUGGAGUUCCCCACAGCUGAAGUCCUGCUCUCAGCCUUCCACGUCUGUAAAUUCCUGCAGGGUAAGUUAUAUCAGCUGUCCCUUGAACGACCCGUGGAAAGGGUGCUUUUGACCUCCUUACAGAGCACCAUGUGCUCAGCUACAGCAGGCAACCUGAGGAAGUUUUUCACACUCCUGAGCAGCUGCAUCCCCCCAGCCCAACUGUCCGAGCUCCACUCGCACUGGCUGCUCAAUGACCGCAUCUGGCUGGCCCACCGCUGGCGAAGCCGAGGUGAGAGCAGCCGCUACUUCCAGAGCCUCGAAGUUACCACCCGAAUUCUCAGUCAGUUUUUUGGCACCAACCCAUCUGAGAAACAAGGCGUGGCCUCCCUCUUCCGAUACAUGCAGCAGAACCCUGGAGACAAGGAAACCUUCAACCCGGGGCUGAAUCCCCAGAACAAUCACACCGCCUCAGAUGCCAGCCCUGAAACCCCCAAAGUAGAACAGUUGGUAGAAGCUGGCAUCCAGAAUUCCCUCAAUGCCAUCUGCACGGGGCCAGCAGCCCAGCUCUGCCUGGGUGAGCUUGCUGUGGUGCAGAAAUCCAUGCACCUCAUUGGCUCUGGCUCAGAAAAGAUAAACAUCCAGAUCCUGGAGGACACCCAUAAGGUGCAGCCCCAGCCUCCUACCAGCUGCAGCUGCUACUUUCACCAGGCCUUCCGUCUGCCCUGCCGCCACAUCCUUGCCAUGCUUAGUGCACGCCGCCAGGUGCUCCAGCUGGACAUGCUGCCAGCGCAGUGGACAGGAGGCUGCGCCACUAGUCUGGACGGCAUCCUGGGCAGCAAGUGGAAUGAGACUCUUGAUAAGUACCUGGCAGUGACUCUCCUCACCGAGGAGGUGGCUCGGCUCUUACAGCACUGCAGCAAAGAGGAGUUUGAGCAUCGGUACAGCACCCUGCGGGAGUUAGCUGACAGCUGGAUCGGCCCUUACGAGCAAGUGCAGCUCUGAUUCCUCUUCAUGUUCAGAGAUGCUAACAGACGUAUGCCUCAUGUCCUUCCCUGCACAUGUGCAUGCACACACAGUUGUGUUUUCCUGGCACUUCCAUACCAAAGAAGGACAGGGGACUUCUACUCUACCAUAGGCUGCUACCUAGCAUAUGUCUAGCUCUGUAAGAUUGGAGUCUGCAAAUGUUUUCUGUAAAGGGCCUAAUAGUAAACAUUUUAGAUUUGAUCAUCACAUA